AUGAAACCGUUCAACUUCACCUCGAGACAACGGAGGCCACGAGAGGACCGAGAUCGGAGAGAUAGGGGCGGAGAUAGGGGCGAGAGAGAAAGACACAGAGACAGAGACAGAGAUAGGGGUGGACGGGAAGAAAGGGGUAGUAGAGAUAAGGAUAGGGGUGCGAGAGAAGACCGUGGAUCUGCUAGAAACUCACGCGAGAAGAGCUACAACGGCGACAAAGACAGACCCAAGGAAGACCCCCGAGCAGCUCUGGCCCGCCGAGCCGCAGGAUCAAGCGCCCCCGGCCCCGGUACGGGCGCAAACGCAGACGCUACCGAAGGUGAACCCGUCGAGAAGGAGGUAGCCAACUUCGGAAACACGGGGCUCCUUGCCGCGGCGACAAAUACUGUUAACGGUGUGGUCUUGAAGUACAGCGAGCCAGCCGAAGCUCGAAAACCCCCGGGCUCGCAGAAAUGGAGGUUAUUCGUGUUCAAGGACAAGGAUAUUGUUGACAACAUCGACCUUAACGUGAAUAGCUGCUGGCUCGUGGGGAGGGAUAGGGCGGUGGCAGAUCUGCCGGUGGAUCACCCGAGUUGCAGUAAGCAGCAUGCGGUGAUACAGUUUAGGUUUGUGACAAAAGUAGGGGAGUUUGGGGAUAAGGAGAGUUCGGUGAAGCCGUAUCUAUUAGACCUGGACAGUGCAAAUGGCACAUUUGUCGGCAAGGAUAGGAUUCCUGAGAGGAGAUAUGUCGAACUGAAGGAGGGCGAUUUGGUAAAGUUCGGGUUGAGUACGAGGGAAUAUGUUUUCAUGCUCGAAAAGGAUUAG